AUGGAUUCGUCAUCCUCGGUUUCUACUCCUCCUUCUUCUCUCGAUGGUGGGCAGUUAGAUGCUGUCAAGGAGCCCUCGAGUAAACUGGAGGAGCUCAGGGCGUUGGCCAUACCUAUGCUAUCACGCAUUACAGGCUCGGUAAAGGAUAAGAUCGAGGAGGAGAAGGAAGAGGCGAAGAUACGAAGGAAACUAGCAUCGCAUCGGAAGUCUAUUCGAACGGCAUUUCACGUGACUGAGCCGCCGGUGUUGGAGAUUCCUUUGGAACGAGAGUAUCGUCGAAUCGCCACUAAGGGUGUUGUUGCUGUCUUUAACGCGGUCAAGGCUUUCCGAGCACCUGAGGAGCAGGAGGAGGAGGAAGAGGGAGAGGGAGAGGAGGAGGAGGAGGUUGUAGAGAAAGAGGCCAUCCGUAAUUUAGUGUGGGAAGAAGGAGUAUAG